CUUCAUCUGGAAACCGGAACUCUUCACAAUCUCCUACAGAAGUUAAUACUUCCCUGCCUGUACUGGUGGAUACAAAGGCUGUGCUCUCUUGUCCUCUUAUCCUGUUGAAAAAUGUGGUCAUGAUAACAUGGGAAAUAAUCCUCAGAGACAAGCCUCCCUGCAUCAGAGCUUACAGGAGAGACAAAAAUGAGACCACAGGAACGAACUGCACUGACAAGAGAAUGACCUGGUCCGACAAACCUGACCAGAUUCUUCCCCUUCAGAUUGACCCAGUGGCCAUCACUCAUGAAGGGCAUUACAGGUGUACAGUGGCAACAGCUAUUGGGAAUUUCCAUCAUGGAUAUCAACUCCGAGUGUUAGUGGCCCCUGAGGUGACUCUGUUUCAAAGCGAGAAUAGAAGUGUGGUGUGCAAGGCAGUUGCAGGGAGGCCAGCUGCUCAGAUCUCCUGGACCCCAGCGGGAGAUUGUGUCCCCGCAUAUGAAUAUUGGAGCAAUGGCACAGUUACUGUCCAGAGCAGGUGCCACUGGGCAGAUGGCAAUGUGUCUAUUGUGUCCUGCUCUGUCUUCCAUGAGACUGGCAACUGGAGUCGAUCCAUAGAGCUGAAUCCAG